CACCGGGAGCUGAGCUGUGGGGUUGAGCGAUAAACAGGCUGUGGCUAGGGAGGAGUGGGGGGGGAGGCUCCCCGCUCCGAGUUUUUCCUUCAGGUGGGGUUUAGCUCCAACACGGGGUCCUGGUAGCCGGUUUGAGCCUACUCUCUUCUGAAAGGGUAAGGUAGCUUCUGCGGAGAGCGGUUAAAGUUGUGGAGGGAGUGCAAGACAGGAGUUCUCCCCCAUGUCAGGCGAAUGGUGCGGCCCUGAGCCGGUUGGGGAGCCAGCAGGACGAGUCUGAGAGCGGCCCCAGAGCGGGGCGGGAAGGUGGCCCGCAGAACGCGGGUUCUGUGAAGAGACGUGGAGAAGAUUCGAUUCCGAGAAGAGGAAGAGCCCGAUUGAAAGGGAGCGAGUCCGCCGAGGGGGAGGGGGCUGCCAAGAUGGCGUCGGCCUCCUCUGGGCCGUCGUCGUCCGGGUUUUCGUCCUUUGAUCCCGGGGUCCCUUCCACUACCUCGAUCUCAUCGGGUUUCAACUUUCUGUGCUGUGGGGUCAACCGUAAGAGAGCAUCAUCUGGAGUCAAGAGACCUGUGGCAUCUGAGGUGCCUUAUGCCUCUGGCAUGCCCGUCAAGAAAAUAGGUCACAGAGGUGUUGAUUCUUCAGGAGAGACAACAUAUAAAAAGACAACCUCAUCAGCCUUGAAAGGUGCCAUCCAGUUAGGCAUUACUCACACUGUGGGUAGCCUGAGUACCAAACCAGAGCGGGAUGUCCUCAUGCAAGACUUCUACGUGGUAGAGAGUAUAUUCUUCCCCAGUGAAGGGAGCAACCUGACCCCUGCUCAUCAUUACAGUGACUUUCGUUUCAAGACCUAUGCACCUGUUGCCUUCCGUUACUUUCGGGAACUAUUUGGCAUCCGACCUGAUGAUUACUUGUAUUCCCUUUGCAAUGAGCCACUGAUCGAACUCUGCAACUCGGGAGCUAGUGGUUCCCUUUUCUACGUGUCCAGUGAUGAUGAAUUCAUCAUCAAGACAGUCCAGCAUAAAGAAGCAGAGUUUCUGCAGAAGUUGCUUCCAGGAUACUACAUGAACCUCAACCAGAACCCUCGAACUUUGCUUCCUAAAUUCUAUGGAUUGUACUGUGUGCAGGCAGGUGGCAAAAACAUAAGAAUUGUGGUGAUGAACAAUCUCUUGCCACGGUCAGUCAAGAUGCAUAUGAAAUAUGAUCUCAAGGGCUCAACCUAUAAACGGCGGGCUUCUCAAAAAGAACGAGAGAAGCUUCUCCCCACCUUUAAAGACCUGGACUUCCUACAAGAUAUCCCUGAUGGUCUUUUUUUGGAUGCUGACAUGUACAACGCUCUGUGUAAAACCCUGCAGCGUGACUGUUUGGUGCUACAGAGCUUCAAGAUAAUGGACUAUAGCCUCUUGAUGUCAAUCCACAACAUAGAUCAUGCACAACGAGAGCCCUUAAGCAGUGAAAUACAAUACUCACUUGACUCUCGAAGACCGGCCCCACAAAAGGCUCUCUAUUCCACAGCCAUGGAAUCCAUUCAGGGCGAGGCACGACGGGGUGGCACUAUGGAGACUGAGGACCACAUGGGUGGCAUCCCUGCCCGGAAUAAUAAAGGGGAAAGGCUCCUGCUUUAUAUUGGCAUCAUUGAUAUUCUGCAGUCUUACAGGUUUGUUAAGAAGUUGGAGCACUCUUGGAAAGCACUAGUACAUGAUGGGGACACUGUAUCGGUGCAUCGUCCAGGCUUCUAUGCUGAACGGUUCCAGCGCUUCAUGUGCAACACAGUGUUUAAGAAGAUCCCCUUGAAGCCCUCUCCUUCCAAAAAGUUUCGGUCUGGCUCAUCUUUCUCUCGGCGAGCAGGCCCCAGCGGCAACUCCAGCAUUACUUACCAGUCAUCGGUCUCUGGGGAACAUAAAGCACAAGUGACAACAAAGGCGGAAGUGGAGCCAGACGUCCACCUCGGCCGUCCUGAUGUUUUACCUCAGACUCCACCUUUGGAGGAAAUCAGUGAGGGCUCACCUGCUCCUGGCCCCAGUUUCUCACCUGUAGUUGAAGAGCCUUUGCAAAUACUAAAUAUGAGUUCAACCUUGGAAAAGCUUGAAAUUGCAGAGUCAGAGUUCACCCAUUGAGCAGCAAACCUCAGAAGACCUAAAACAAGAUUCUGCUGUCUCUGUGAUCCCUAGAUGUCAGCCCUUGCCCCAGGAAUGCUGAAUUUUCUUCUUAGUCAUCAAAGAGGAGUAUAAUUUGGAGGCUAGGGGAUCUCUCCAUCUCAUUCCUGAAGAAGAGCCUCUUCUUUCCCUCCCUCUGAAUGGACAUUAGUGCCUUGGACAACUGAGGACAGCAGCAUCUCCACCUCUCCAGAGUUGGGGGUGGCACAAAUUUUCAAGUGGUCAGCCUUGGUUUCCACAGUUGAAUUUUUUCAAAUGCCUGUUCUUCAUGCUCGGGAUUGCUGGACUAGGGGUUUUUCUUCCUCCUGAUUUACCUUUCACCAGGAGCUGGACUCUUAAUUUCCUCAGGACAGACUGGCUGGCAUAUUAUCCUCACCAUAGCUCUUUCCUUCUAGUCCUUGUAGGAAGAACCCUGUAAUUUUUGUAAACGUUUUUUUUUUGGGGGGAGUAAGGGUGUUUAACCAUCUCCCUAUCUUUCUUUUUUUUGUUGUUGUUUUUUUUGUUGUUGUUGUUUUUGUUUCCUUAAAGUAGGAAAAGAAUAAACAGCACACAGCACAAUUUCAAGCCAGUUUCAGAUCAAAACUCCAGAAGUGUCAAAGAGGUGCCUAUUUAUACAUAGGGUUCUCCCAGAAGAGCCCUGGUGUUUGUGAAGCAGAAAUGCAGUAAUUGUUCUGCCAGCAGCAGCUUCUCUAACUCCUCCUCUCUUGAUGAAUUUCUUAAGGCUGAAGGAAUGGAGAGAGUGGGAUAUGGGGGUCAUCUUUACCCCUUUUGUUAAAACAGUGGAGCAACCAUGGGGCUAGGAGGUUAGAGCCCUUCUUAGGCAGGAUGCUACUCACUGCCAGACCAUGAUUAGCACUAUACUGCAAUUUAGGAUGUAUUCUGGUUGUUUUUCUAAAUAUGAAGACUUAUCAAAUGAAUUUUAGACCAUUCUCCAAAGGAGGUUUCUUCUUUCUUCCCUUUUUUUUCCAACAGUGUUCUGCUCUUUGUUGAGCUAAGGUGGAGGGAGACAUUUGUGUCUGUUUAACAGGCAGCCCAUAUGUAUGAGGUUGUAGAAUAUUCUCUUAAAAAUCAGCAGACUUUUGCCUCAGUAAGGUCAUUGCUGUGCUACAUGGACUGCCCCUUUCUUCAUACAGGGAAGUUGGAAGUGGGGGCUGAAUAAGCCUUCUCCUCCCCAUCACUUAAGAGUCGUGGUUAUCCAUCUGAUCCUGCCACUCUUGUCAGGGGAAGAAGGGGGCAUUGUGUCUCAGGCUGAUGAAGUUUCACACUAUCCUUUCUCCAUCCCACCCUAUCUUGAUGAUAAUAGGUUAGUCCAUACCCCACAUAACUGUCUAUAUUAGACACCCCCAGCCAGUUUUUGGCUGACUGUCUUUGCUGCCAUGUUCUUUUUUACAAGAAGGAAAAAACAGUUCUUGCUAUUUUUUUUCAUAAUUUACUAUUUAUGAUGUAUUUAUGUGUUUUA